AUGAUUGUUACGUUUAUUUAUGCGGAAACAAACGACACUAUUGGCUUAAGUAAUUAUAUUUUUGGGAGGCAGGCAGAUAUAAUAAUUACAGAAUUUUAUCAUUUAAUUUAUAAACAUACAAUAGCAAAGGAAUUGGGUGAGUGGCUUACUUAUGUUGUAAUACAUUACCUGUUUAUCUCAUUCGAGGAUUUGGCUGGAUGGCUAUCUUAUCUAUUUUGUUACAAAAACCACUUUCCGCCAGCUUCCCAUUUACGGAUCUGUUACCGUCUCAACAACUCACACAUCGGUAAAAUUAUAAAUCACACCCUGUCUUGGGGUCUUGAAUUAGAGACACAUUUUUCGUUUUUCUCUACACCUAAUGCUGAAUUUUGGUGUGAAAUAUGCCAGCUGAAGUAG